GGUUGGAAACUCUCAAAAUCUCUCAAUCAGCUUCUCUCUGCUAAAUUCUGAAGAAUCUCAAACGCAGACAACUCAAUACAAAGCUCCUCAAAACCCUAAAACCCCAAUCUCUCCAUCUUCUUCUUCCAUCUCUCUCUCGUUGACUCUGCUCUUCUUCUGAUUCAGUCUUAUAUCUGUGGUUUUUUUAAGAAAAAUUUGGCGGUGAAGAUGUCGGGAGCAUUGAAUAUGACUCUUGAUGAGAUUGUUAAGAGGGGUAAGACUGCAAGGUCUGGGGGAAGAGGGAAUUCACGUGGUCGUGGUCGUGGUCGUGGUCGUGGUCGUGGUCGUGGCCGUGGUGGUGGGUCAAAUGGUUUUCUUGGCGGUGGAAGAGGAGGAGCUGGACCUGCUAGAAGAGGUCCUCUUGCUGUGAAUGCUCACCCAUCAUCUUUCUCCAUUAACAAGCCUGUCCGUAGGGUGAGGAGCUUGCCAUGGCAAAACAGUUUGUUUGAAGAUGGCCUAAGAGCUGCUGGGGUAUCAGGAGUUGAAGCUGGAACCAGGCUCCAUGUUACAAAUCUGGACCAGGGUGUAACAAAUGAAGAUAUAAGGGAACUCUUCUCUGAGAUUGGGGAGGUAGAGCGUUAUGCCAUUCAUUACGACAAGAAUGGGCGUCCAAGUGGCACAGCUGAAGUGGUAUAUCCAAGAAGAAGUGAUGCAAUUCAAGCUCUGAAGAAGUACAACAAUGUAUUAUUGGAUGGAAGACCAAUGAGACUUGAGAUUUUGGGUGGCAACAAGUCUGAUGCUCCUUUAUCAGGUCGUGUGAAUGUGAAUGUCACUGGACUCAACGGAAGGCUGAAGAGGACUGUUGUUAUCCAACAAGGAGGAGGGAGAGGAAGAAUUAGAGGAGGGAGAGGAGGAAGAGGUCCAGCUCCUACUGUCAGUCGCCGCCUUCCAAUUCAUAAUAACCAGCAAGGAGGAGGGAUGAGAGGAGGAAGAGGCGGGUUCAGUAGUAGAGGAGGGCGUGGUGGUGGUGGUGGUGGUCGUGGUCGCGGUGGUGGCAAAGGAAACGGAAAGAAGCCAGUAGAGAAGUCAGCUACUGAUCUUGACAAAGAUCUUGAGAGCUAUCACGCAGAUGCCAUGAACAUCUCUUAAAACCGCAGAAAGGAAAUCAGUGUGUCUUACUAACUAGUUUCAGAUGAUACCUUGCUUCUCUUUUUUCAUGUCCUUUGUGGUUUGUUGGAGUUUGAUUGUGUAAAGUAAAUGAAAAUUGUUUAGAAUCUAGUCUUCUUAAGUUUUACCUA